AUGAAAGUCGUCGUCGUGGGCGCGGGCAUCGGCGGCACGUCGGCCGCUUUCCACGUGGCCCGAGACGGCCACGACGUGACGCUCCUGGAGCAGUCCGCGACGCUCGGCGGCCACACGCGCGCGCUGGAGAUCGACGGCGAGCGCGUGGACGUGGGCUUUAUGAUGUUUGGCGACUCGAACCCCAACAUUAAGCACUGGUUCAAGUUCCUGGGCGUAACGCAGCCCGACGGCACCACGCGCACGCGCGUCCCCAUGAGCCUCACGGUCACGUCGGACGUCGCGGGCGACCUGCAGUUCUCGUCGCGCGCGCCGUUCCACGGCCACGUGGCCAACUGGUUCGACCGCCGCCGCUGGCGCGUGCUGCUCGACAUCUUCCGCUUCACGGCGGACCUGCGCCACAUGCCCGUGCCGGCCGCCGUCUCGACGCGCGCGUGGGCCGCCCAGAGCCGCUACUCGCGCGCGUUCCUGCGCCACUACUUCUUUGCCUUUGUGUCGAUCCUCUGGACCGUCCCGAAACACGACGUGCUCGAGCUGCCCGUGACGCAGUUCCUGCGCUGCCUCCAGACGCACUCGCACUCGCUCUAUAUGCCGCUGUGGCAGGUGCUCCUGGCCGCACUCGGCGUGCGCUCGGACCGCCCGAAACACCUCUGGUGGUUCCUCGGCUCGGCCUACCUCGACCCCUUCCUCAGGGUCUUCACCGAAGACUACGGCGGCACCGUGCGCUACAACGCGCGCGUCACUCGCGUCGAAGCGGGCGGCACUGCGGUCGUGCUCCAAGACGGCGAGCGCAUUGCGUGCGACCACGUGGUGCUCGCGACGCACGCCGACGAGAGCGCAGAGCUCCUGCGCUGGAGCGACGCGGCCUACCGGUCGCUCCAGCGCUUCCGCUUCCACCAGAGCAUGAUCUACGUCCACCGCGACCCGAAGCUGCUGCCGCCGUCGCGCAGCGUCUGGAGCAGCUGGAACGUCUGCAUCACGCAAGACGAGCAGUACAUAUUGACGUACUGGAUCAACCGCAUCCAGCGCCUCAACAGCCACAAGAACGUCUUUGUGACCAUCACACCGCACGGCUUUCGGGACAAACUGCCGGCGCCAGAGCACACGAUCACUUCGUUCCGGUGGGACCACCCGCGACUGCUGGCAGACUGCAUCCCGCAGGACGAGAUCAUCCAGGAAGACGGCAUCUCGCUCUCGGGCGCGUGGCUCGGUCGGGGCUUCCACGAAGACGGCUUCGUCGCAGGCCGUCGCGUGGCCGCGAUCCUCCGCGACCCAAAGCACAAGAAGACUGCGCUGUACGAAGACCCGGGCAACAUUCCAGUGCCAGCGGCGCCUGCGUUCGGCAUCCCGCUGAGCCUCUACCUACUCGGAGUGACUGCAGUGGGUCUCGUGGGCUACGGCACUGCCAAACUGCUGAAGAAGCAAUAG